AUGUCAAAAUCGGAUCCGCCUCCAAGUUACGAGGAGUCAAGACAGCAGUCUUAUGGCCCACAGCAUGAAACCUAUCCAUACCCUCCCUAUGGAUUUUCAGCUCAGCCGGGGGUUUACACAGGCCCGGGACAGGCUGCCAUUCACCCACAGCCAGGGCUCUGGCAGGGGCCUGGAUAUCCCUCUACAGCAAUGCCAUCUAUGAUGCCGUCCUUUAUAGCACCAGGGAUGUUUUCCUCCAACAUGAGAGAUGCAGAGGACGUUUCAUCAGCUGGUGUAUGGGAGAGUAUGAGUGUUCGACAUACCUUCAUUAGAAAGGUUUACCUUAUUUUAGCCGCUCAGCUGUUUAUCACUUCUUCAAUCAUUGCAGUGUUUGCGUUUGUUGAGCCUGUACGCCUGUUUGUCAUCCAAAAUCCUGCUCUUUACUGGGCGUCAUUCCCGAUUUAUCUGGUUACUUACCUGAUGCUGGUUUGCUGUGAAGGACCAAGGAGACGACAUCCAUGGAAUCUCAUUCUCCUAUUCAUUUUUACCCUCACAUUAUCUUACAUGACGGGAACAAUAUCAAGUUAUUUUGACACCAAAGCAGUGUUUCUGGCCCUGGGGAUCACAGCGAUAGUGUGCGUGAUCGUCACAGUUUUCUCUUUUCAGACGAAGGUUGACUUCACCUCAUGUACAGGUCUGCUCUGUGCUCUCUGUGUGGUUCUGCUGGUGACCGGCAUUAUCACUUCUAUAGUGCUCUCUUUUCAGUAUGUACCCUGGCUGCACAUGUUGUAUGGAGCUUGUGGAGCAAUAGUUUUCACCUUGUUUCUGGCUUACCACACUCAGCUGCUGAUUGGAAACCGAGCGAACAGCAUCAGUCCUGAGGAAUAUGUCUUCGGAGCUCUUUCCCUCUACGUUGAUAUCGUCCAGAUCUUCAUCUUCCUCCUUCACAUCACAGGGGGCUCGGAGUAAAACAUUCCCAUUUUAGAGACUGAGCUUUCUUUGAGAAUAUCUUCACUUCUUCAAAAUCACAUGAAUCUCAGAUAUCGGCCUUCAACACUACUGACGGACUUUACAACGAUGUUAUGUUGUGUUGCUUUAUCCGUUUCUCAUAUUGAAUGUCACUUCAUUAAUAAUAAGCACUUUAUUUUUGUAACUUGCACUGUGAAAACUGUACUGCAGAAUUGUGUGAGUGAGUGUGUACUAAAAGAGCUACACUGUGAUUUGAUAAAUAUCAUUUAGCUUGUAACUUGAAGGUAAAUAAAAUGACAAA